UACAUGCGUCGGUCGGCAAUUUUAAUUUACAAAAAUGUCAAUGGUCAGCGCGGUCAGCGUUUUCUUUGCAUACGUGCAUUUGUUAGCAUUAUUUUACAUUUGGAAUCAUCACAAUGUUCAACCUCUGAUCAACCGUCUUCGAUAAACAAACAACAAACAUUGAAUCUUUCGCGUUUUAAUAUAAAAAGCUUUUUCGCCAGUGAUAUUAUUCAGAUAACUUUCUGAUUUAAGUUUGGUUUGAUCUCGUUAAUUACUAGUCAUUACUCGAAAAAUGAAAUAUUUAAUUGGACUGCUACUAGCGACGUCGAUGAUUACAGCCAACGAUGUAUGGCAACCUCCGACCAAAUUACAAAUGAUCCAAACACACGACAAAUGUCUACGAAAAUCGAAUCUACCGCCUCUGGUGCUAACAGUCAGUGAAUUUUGGAAUCUAUCCGACGAAUCAUCGAUCCGUAGAAUUCGUGACUACGUCCAUUGUGUGCUAACCACUUUGCAUUUCUUUGACGAUAAAAGUGGCUUUGAUGUCGACCGGAUUAUGGAACAAGUCACGGAUAUUCCCUAUCUGAAGAACACUGUGAUCGAACGAUCAACAAUCGAAAAGUGUGCGGACGGAAAUGAAAAUAAUGAUGUUGCUGAUGUGUGGGCUUUCAGAGGAUUUCGAUGUUUUAUGGAUGUAAUAAAGAAGAGAACAAAUGGGAUGUCAGGAGCGGGCCUACGAUAGUUAUGUAUUUAAAUUUUCGUAAAUAAUGAAUAAACAUUUUCUACUACACUU